AUGAACACACCCUCUUCCAACCUCAAUCCUCCAACCCCUCAAGUUCAAAGAGCUCGAAGUCACGGUCGAGCUGCAAGUGGUGACGAGCGCCGUCGAGUCGCAAUCCCCCGCCGAUCAACAAAAGGUCCGUUACAGGACUCCGAUGUAAUAGACGAUCCACUCUCAGCUCAAUUCGACACGAACCCCAAUCGCAUCCUCUCGCCCACACGCUCCGUCCCAUCCCCACUCUCCCCGCCACACGAUGGCCAGCAACAACAACUUCCAGACAUGCCGCAGAAGGACCUCUCCUUCAUUCAAGAUGCCUCCGCCUACCACGUCCUUCCCGCUAGCAACAUCCCACCACCCUUCCUGAACGCCCCCUCCGUUCCACCCGUAUCCUCUCCUAUAGAUACCCUCCUCGCCUCUGGCCACUACCGCCUAGCCGCCAUAGCAGCCGCUCGAAACAUCGUCACCGCAGCCUCGCCCACGGACUACGAGACUCUCUUCCACCUCCUGCACAUUCGCCUGGCAUGUCUCUGUCUCAUCCACGAGCACUCCCUCGCUGCCCAGGAGUCAAAGGUCCUCGGUGACCUGAAUAGUUCAUUCUAUCUUCAUCCCCUCACCAACGCGCACAUUGUUCCCUGGGAUCUGCGUCUGCUCGUCGUCCGCCUCGCUGCGCUCGGGUACGGAGAAUGGAGGAAGGGUAUCAUGGGAUACUACGAAUUGGCACGAGAGUGCCGCGACAACAUCGCAAAGUCCGAUCUCGAGGAUGACAAGAGGAGGUGGAGGAACAGGCUCCGUGAUUGCGGCAUCCGCGUCGCGAAUGUCCUUGUCGAGAUGGGCGAUCUCGAGGGCGCCGGCCGCCAUCUCUCCUCGCUGUCGCCCGCUUCCACAGAUACAAUGCCCUCCACCUCAGAAGGAGAUGAAAAGGAAGAAGACGAUGACGAUGAUGCUAAAGCGAUCGUAUACAUGGAAACCCUCGUGUGGCUCCGUGUUGGCGACAUUCGAGCCGCACGCCUCUGUCUCUCACGCGCGUCAGGCUCCACCACUCCGAACGACACAAUCUUGAACGGCGCCCUGACUGCGCUCUCCCACCUUGCUGAUUCUUCUUACGCCCGUGCCGUAUCGACCCUCCAAGCCCUCCACGAACAACACCCUUCAAACCCAAUGAUAACCCAAAACCUCGCCGUAUGUCUCCUCUACACGGGCCAUAUCGCCCAAGCUAGAUCACUCCUCUCUUCCCUCGCUAUCCCCGCUUCCCCUAGCAAUAGCACUGACGAAGCCACGAAAUCUGCCACACCGCCAUUCCACUCCCUGACCUUCAACCUCUGCACCAUCUACGAGCUCUGCACGGAGAGGAGCCGUGACCGGAAAGUCAGACUCGCCGAGGCGCUGGCGGAGAGGACGCCCGACGGCGUUGUCGGGUGGGAGAUCCCCAGCGCGGACUUCAAGUUGUAG